GCAUUUGCAUUGGUAUAAUUAGAGGAAUGAAGAGGCAAUAGCCUCGAACACAUUGCAACUCAGCCUCUGCAGUCGCUUCUGCAUUGUGGAAGAGCCUCUAAAAACUCCUCCACCAGAGGUUGCAGGAUUGGAGUUUCCUGGAGGAGCUUCGGAUCUGUCCUGGGUUCUCAUCAAAACUUGCUCCACCAUGUCCUCAUCUGCACUUGCUCAACUAGUCCAACAUUCUAAAGCUGCAGCCAUGGCUUUUGUACAAGUAGAACUGGAACUGAAAGCCUGAUAGCAUUAGUAUCAUGCCGUAAGCAUAGACAUAUAAGAAUAGAAGCUUUUGAAGGUUGUUAAAGCUUUGUCUUUUGGAGAUAUCUUGAUAAUAGUAGCAAUAGGAUUGGAACCGUCAGUGGUGGUGGAUGAGGGAAGAAGAAGAAUAGGAAAAAGAAAAAAAAAAAAGGAAAGAUGAGGGAGAAGGGAGAAAAAGGUGUAAAAUUACCUUUAUGUCCCUAUUUUUUGGUUUAUAACAAUUACACAUACAUAAUGAUGGAGCGUGCCUCCCACACCUCUAAGACACCGUCAAUUUUUUGGAUUCCGUCAUGGAUUUUAUUUAAGUGGGUUAAAUUUUAUAGUUUAGAAACUUAAGUGUCUCAUUUUGAAGUUCAAGGAUUGAAGUUGGAUUGCGUGUGUAGUUUGAGGAGACAAAAUGGAAUUAACCCCACACAUUUUAUUAUAUCCAAAUUAAGUGAUUAAAACAUUCAAUUUUAGCUCAAAUUAGGUGAUUAAAUGUCAAUUGUUCUAAUUGGUCAAAAAUCAAAACUUAAGAGACAAAGUGUGUUUUCGCUGAACUAAUAGAGUCCAAAUUGGUACAACCCCCGAACAAUGGGAUGAAAAGUGCAUUUUCCCCGUCUCUUUAGCUUCAUAAGACAUUGCCCGGUUACCGUUGAUACGUAAUUAAAACCAUGCCGGCUAUUGCAAACCCAUCCCUCCUUAUCCUCCACCACCACCACCACCUCCACCUCCACCUCCGUCCACGGCGGUUCGCCACCGGUCUCCUCCCCCAAACUCUUCUGUCUCUACUCUCCUCAUCUAUUCGAGCUCCCACAUUGAGACCUCACUCUACUUCAUCUUCUGCACAGACUCAGCCACUCUCCACUGACAAUGCCCGAACUGGCCGGUCCGGUUCAAUCUCUUCUCCUCCGGUUCAACCGGACAUAGCUCAGAAAAUCGACAUUAAUCCUCCCAAAGGUACCCGCGAUUUCCCCCCUGAAGACAUGCGGCUUCGCAAUUGGCUCUUUAACAACUUCAAAGAGGUUUCACAAUUAUAUGGGUUUGAAGAGGUUGAUUUCCCAGUGCUAGAGUCAGAGGCUUUAUUCAUCAGGAAAGCGGGGGAGGAAAUUAGAGAGCAGCUUUACUGCUUUGAGGAUCGGGGAAACCGUCGAGUUGCAUUGAGGCCUGAACUUACUCCUUCCUUGGCAAGGCUUGUGAUACAGAAAGGAAAAUCUUUGCCACUUCCACUAAAAUGGUUUGCUGUUGGACAGUGCUGGCGUUAUGAGAGAAUGACCAGGGGCCGGCGUCGUGAACACUACCAGUGGAAUAUGGAUAUUAUUGGCGUUCCUGAUGUUACAGCUGAGGCUGAGCUGAUUUCAUCAAUUGUCACCUUUUUCAAGCGCAUUGGUAUCACCGCAUCUGAUGUUGGGUUCAAGGUUUCCAGUAGAAAGGUUUUACAGGAAGUAUUAAGAGGAUACUCUGUACCUGAUCAUUUAUUUGGUAGAGUUUGUGUCAUUAUAGACAAGAUGGAAAAGAUUCCAAUAGAUGAUAUUAAGAAAGAGUUGAGAUCUGCUGAGUUAUCAGAGGAGGUUAUAGAGGAGCUGCUGCAAGUUCUUUCUGUCAAGUCUUUGGAAAAGUUGGAAGAGAAACUUGGCACAGUGGGGGAAGCUCUUGUGGAUUUGAAGCAAUUAUUUUCACUUGCUGAAAAGUAUGGUUACGCUGACUGGAUUCAGUUUGAUGCGUCUGUUGUCCGCGGUCUAGCCUAUUAUACUGGGAUUGUGUUUGAGGGAUUUGACCGGGAAGGGAAGCUGCGAGCCAUUUGUGGGGGUGGUCGGUAUGACCACUUGCUUUCUACAUUUGGAGGUGAUGACAUUCCAGCUUGUGGCUUUGGCUUUGGGGAUGCCGUAAUAGUAGAACUGCUCAAGGAGAAAGGACUUCUGCCAGAAUUAAGCCCCCAAGUGGAGAACAUUGUCUGCUCACUUGAUCAGGAUCUUCGAGGCGCAGCUGCUGCAGUUGCUAGGAUUCUCAGGCAAAGAGGCCAAAGUGUUGAUUUGGUUUUGGAGAAUAAACCUCUGAAAUGGGUGUUCAAACGGGCAGCACGGAUAAAUGCACAGAGGCUGAUCUUGGUGGGAAGUGCUGAGUGGCAGAAAGGUAUGGUUGGUGUAAAAAUUCUUACAUCCGGGGAACAAUAUGAGGUAAAAGUUGAUGAACUAGAAUAGCAAGUGUGGCUGUAGCUAAUCAACCAAAGGAUUUUUGUAGCCUCUAGUACAUUUUUUUUUUGUGAGUAUGGUUAUAAUAUUCUUUAGGUAUUUUCUUAAGAAAAACUACGACAGGUGAUACAUCCAUCAGAAUUACCCUGUUACACUUUAAUUGGAGAAAAUUGUAAUGGUACUUAUGGUAAUUACCAGCAUAAUGAUCAUUCAUCUUAAGCUUUAUUAACGUGAUUAGUUGUUCUGU